AUGAUAUCACUCAUCGUCACUUCUACUUCAUUGACAGUGUUCAAAGUUACUCUGAUCGGUAGAAAGAAGACUACAAGCUGUCAAAUAGAUGUACGUAUGUGAAUACAAGUGAAAUUAUUGUUUGGCAAUGUUAUAACAUUAUAACAAAUUAAUAAAGCUUGUUAGUUUGCAUUUUUUUUUGUUGAAUUUAACAGUGCUUGUCUCAGUAUUCUAUAUUAACAAAAUUGUUUGCUAAAAAUUAUGAAUAAAUUGUUAUUGUUAUGAGUUACGAGUUAUGAGUUAAUUUAUGCAAUUUAUAGUAGAACAUUGAUUAUCCGAACUAAUUGGCAAAUAAAUCCGUUCGACUAAUCGCUCUGAAACAAUCAAAUUUAUGAUCCCGUCAUACAUCAAAUAGAAAUUAUACAGUUUUCAAAUACAGAUGUUUAUACGUUAUACGUGUAUAUGUGUUUAAUGUAUUACGUAAUGUAUGUCUGCUGUGUGAAAUUUUCAUUAUCUCUUUAUCUUGAAUUAAUGCAUGAUCUAUUUGUACGUACACAGCUCGAUCUAAUCAUCAUCAUUUAUUACUUUCAAACUUCUAUACAACGAAAAUUGCUUUUAUUAUCUAAGUUACUUUGAAAUUCUAACAAUAUUUUUAAUGUUGUUAAUUGUACAUUUUCUAACGUCAUAUUCUAUGACUAAAUUGUAUGUAUUUUUUUUUUCUUAAAUAUUUAAUUCAAUAACGUUUCAAUGACAUUUAAUUUAUUUUUUAAUUUCAUGAUAUCAAUGAGAGACAGUUCACUUUUGGAUUAGAUGAGGCACUAAAAUAAGGUAUUUUAGACAAGGAUACAUGUUCAUAUUCAAAAUUGUUGCAAACAUUGCUCGAUAUGCAGUUUAAAUGUAUAUACAUAAUUAGGCUGUGUUCGGAUAACCGGAAAUUCAAAUAAUCGACGUUUCGAUAUUCGAUAAUCAAUGUUUCACCGUACUGUUAAUAUUGCUUGUAACAAGUAACGCAGCUUUUUCGUUUUUAUUUCUUAUUAAGAAAUGCAAUGAAACUUUAUAUUCCACUUUCAGAAAUCCUUCAGCAUGAAGCCGUUGAUCGUUCUGGCAAUAGUUUCAACUUUCGUGUCUCUCGUCAUUGGAGCUAUCGAGCUGGAAGAUGUGGCGAAUAUCUGUGCGAAUGAAACGUUAAUACUGAAACUCACUAGUUCUGCAAGCUUUGAUAGAAACUCUAUUUCAUCUUCCACUCUAAGAUGUAUCAUCAUAAGAAAUACUGAUGUUAAUAUUAAGGAAGGAUCUUUUGAGAACGUGCCAAAUUUGAAAUAUCUUGACCUUCGAGGAAAUAGAAUCUUUGCAAGUAAUUUAUUCUCUUUUGGCAAUAUUUCACACCUGAAGAUAUUAAAUCUUGAUCAUCAAGAUCGUAAUGACUAUUAUUCGCAAUCAGUAAUAAUACCAAGCAAGUAUCCUGAACUUGAAUAUUUGGAUUUAUCAUACGCUUCAAUAAACGACAUAAGAGUCUCAAUUGAGAAUCCAUGGUUAAAUCCAUUUCCAAAUCUGAUACAUUUGAACCUCUCUGGAAACGAAAUUUCUUCAUCUUUAUCGCAGAUGACUCUACCGUCCACGUUGAUGCAUCUUGAUCUUAGUAAGAACAGAAUUUCAAGAUUUUCAUUCAGAGGACUGAACAAUCUGUUAUCGUUAACGUUAGACUAUAAUAAUAUCAGGUCAUUAAGUUAUUCCUACGUUGAUUUGAAAUCGAUGCAAAACUUGGUGAACCUCUCGAUAACGAACAAUGAAAUCUACGAUAUCCGUGACUCGAUCGAAAAUCUAUUCAGUCUCCAAUACUUGAACCUUUCCCAUAACUCAUUAUCGAAUUUUGACUUCAACAUGAUUAAAGAUCUGCACUUGCUAAAGGUUCUUGUAUUAGAUAGUAAUUCGAUCGACGCCCUUUCCGUUUCAACGCAUUCAAACAUAACUACGCUCUCGUUGAAUUGUAACCGCAUAAUUCAUAUAACGAUCAACAGCUUUUACAAUCUGAGAAAUUUAAGGGAAUUAUUCCUAACCGGGAACAUGAUCCAGGAUAUCUACGUGGAUUCGUUUCAAAAUCAGGAGCUGCUAGAAGAAUUGUAUCUAGACGACAAUGAUCUGAGUAAUUUGCCGCCAGAUUGGUGUCAAUUCAUGAAGAAGCUUCGAUAUUUAAAUUUGUCGGGGAACAAAUUCACUUCGUUGGAAUCGGUGCUUUACAAGCCUAAUUUGCCCGUCACGCAAUUAUACUUUGAACGGAACCCUAUAACGUACAUUAAUGCAAGUUUAUUGGAGAUAUCGCCGAAAAUGAUGAUUUUCUUGAACGUUGGUCCAACAUCUCAUAGAGUGCCAUGUAAACAACAGAACGGAGGAGGAGGCAUUUAA